GCUGAAAACCUCUGAAAACAUAAACAAUCAUCAAUCUCACUUUUUCAACGUUUCUAAACAUUGUCGUUUCGUCGCUGUGCGCAAGUGAAAAGUUUCCGGAAAAUGAGUUUAACUUCCGCAUAUUCGAAUACCCAUCGUGGAUUUCUGCAGUCGUGUGCUCUGCAUGGCAUCAUCGCUGUUGACCAUGCGCUCAAAAUAUUGAUUAAUCUAUCCGUUAAAUAUGCUCCGGAUGACCCGGCACCGACCGAAGAUCAGUUGCAUGAAAUCGUUACCGAGGUUAACGCUCGAAUUGACCGUUACGACCAACGACUCAUCCGACUGGAGUACGAUCCCACCCAUCAGGACUACUACGUGUUCGCGAAUCUCUCCGACACUCCGCUGGAUCGGUUUCAGACAUCCUAUACCGGUCCGGAGGUACAAUUCUUCCGUGUGAUCCUUCACGAGCUGGCAUGCAGAGAGGGAUACCGCGUGGGGCAAAUUGACUGUUUGAAUUUGACUUCGAAAGUGGUCGUCCCUGGUGGAGGCCGGGUUUCCUUGACCAAGAGUCGUGCCGAGGAGCUCAUCAAUGAGUGGCUAACCGGUGGUUAUCUGGCCCUGACGGGGAAAGAAAUCAGCUUCGGUCCACGCACGAUGGUCGAGUUUGAUCGGUAUUUGUUGAAAAAAUUUCCCGAUCAGAUGCGCAAGUGUCGGCUGUGCAAGGAGGUGUUGUUUUAUGGCGUGAAAUGUGCCAAAUGCCCCGAAAUGUUGCACAAGUCGUGUAUGAAGAAGUACCUCGUAAGGAUGAAGAAAUGUCCCGCCUGCAACAAAAUCUGGACUGCAUCGCUGGAAUGAAUACGAAUUAUCUAUGCAUUAUGUUUCUUUGUGAAGGAAUUUUUGUUUUUUUGAUAUUUUAGGAAUUUUGGUUUGUUUUAACACUAACAUUAUUAUCUUUCGAGAUAUAUGCGAACUGAAUAAAUAUCAGGACUGAACCUGUGCUAAGAUAAA